GGCGGAGGCGAGGGGCAGCAGUUUGCACCCAAACACAAGGGUCUGCAGACCGAGCUCACCACACCACCUGAAGCUCCUCACCACCACCAUCAACCACCACCACCACCACCAACCAGGCAUCACCGUCCGUCUCUGCUCGCCUCUUUCUCUCCCUCCCCAAGCCAUGGAGUACAAAGGCUUGGCCAGCUGCUCGCUCUGCCGCUUCACAUUCAGGACAACACGGACGGCGGCUGUGGGCUGCACCGCCGCACGGCCCCUGACGCUGCUGGCUCCGUUGCUGCUGAUGCUGCUGCUGGGGGCAGGAAACUCGCGCCCCGUGCGCGCCUCCGAGACGCUGUGCGGCUCCGAGCUCGUCGAUGCCCUCCAGUUCGUGUGCGGGGACCGCGGAUUCUACUUCGUGCGGCACCCAUCUUCACGCUCGCACGGCCGACCCAAGAAGGGCAUCGUGGAAGAAUGCUGCUUCAGCAAAUGUGACCUGCGCCUUCUCGAGAUGUACUGCGCCAAGCCCGCCAAGUCUGAGCGGGACGUCCGUCCACCUUCAUUCAAGGACUUAUUCAAGAAGUCAAUGACCAACAAGUACUCGAACCACGCGGCGUGGCCCGAGAAGAGCCACGAGUACGGCAAGGUGCUCCCGCGCUCCCUGCCGGCGCCGAGCGAGUUGCGGGCCCUGCGGGAGGCGAAACGCAACCGGCAGCUCGUCACCACGCACCGGCCGCUGGUGCCGCGCCAGGCCAGACCGGCACGCGCGCGGUAGAUGGAGGGCGGCGGCCCGCGGUCGGCGGCGGCGGUGGCGGGGUGGGGGGAGGAGCCGCCCCGGGAGGGCCUUCGUCCAUGGGCAAGGCCGACGCCAGUCGCACUCUCUCCGGGCCAAGAUGCGACUUGCCACUAAGGACUCAACGAUUGGAAACUUGAAAACGGCUCGAAGUGGAGGGGGGGGGGGGCCGUUUGGCCCUGAGAGUGGAAGCGAGGACAGACUCCAGCACAGGCGUGCGAACGGUGCAUCUCAUGUUGUGAGAGGGGCUGAGGGCAUGUCUCAUCUGUGAAAUUUGACAUUGCUGUUAAAAAAAAAGGGAAUGACUUGAUAAAAGGCCUCUAGGUCUUUUAACUCUGCACUAAGCAGCACUGUCGAAAAAAAACAAAUUAUUACGUUCAAUAGAUGUGUGUUUAAAUGCUUUUUGCAUUAUUAUUAUUUAAUUGUGCUUUGUGUACUUGCACUAUUAACAGACACUUAGAUCAAAUAAACCUUUAGCAUUGCUAUAGCAUCACUGGCAGACUGCUCCAUCCAAUUAUUACAAGCUUCUGCUAAUUUGCGUCCUUACAUUUGUUUUUUUCCCUUUCUACCUUAUACAGUAUAUAAGAAAGAACAAUGUAUUUUCUGUAAGUAUAAAACGACACUAUGCUAUGAAUUUGUAAUGAUCGCUGCGUCGUAUUGAACAUGGUGCUACUUUUGCUUGAAACGUGGAGCGUGAGGAAACAACCACAGACAGCAGCAAGCAGCACGGGGAGAACCGGCCGGCAUGACGUCAUCACUCACGUCGUCAUCACUCACGUCGUCGUCACUCACGUCACUCACGGCGUCGUCACUCACGUGACUCACGUCGCUCACGUCACUCACGGCAUCAUCACUCACGUCGCUCACGUCACUCA